UUUAAACUUACUGUGGAGAAACAAAACGAGGGAGGUAAGUUAGAACAUAAUGAUUUUUUCUUAAAGAAAUUUAAUACUGAAGACACAAUUAAUGAAGAACUAUCGCCGUUCAUUGGAAACUCGUCACCAAGCGCUCUAUCAAAGCAGCCUAUGGCUUCACGUAGUAAGAGUCACUGGAUACCCGAUAGUCACUGUCAAGAAUGUUUUGAAUGUGGCAGCAAAUUCACAACUUUCCUAAGAAGGCACCACUGCAGGUUCUGCGGUCGCAUAUUUUGUUCUCAUUGCAGUGCCCAUGUAAGCCGUUUGGUUGUCCUGUCUAGCCUAACAUAG